CUGUACUUUGAAAACACCCAAAAGAACGAAAAUCAUACAAACCCUCUUGAGAUUAAAAAAAAAACAAACAAAAACCAAAAAAAAAAAUCUCAAUCUUCAAAAAAAAAUAUGAGAAAACCGGAGCAUUCUACUGCCACUAACUUCAACAGCAACGAGAUUAGCAGUAAGAAGAUGAAGAAGGGACUCUGGUCACCAGAGGAAGACUCGAAGCUGAUGCAUUACAUGUUGACAAACGGUCAGGGAUGUUGGAGUGACGUGGCAAGAAACGCAGGGCUCCAAAGAUGCGGGAAGAGCUGUCGCCUCCGUUGGAUCAACUAUCUCCGUCCCGACCUCAAGCGAGGCGCCUUCUCUCCUCAAGAAGAAGAUCUCAUCAUUCGCUUGCAUUCAGUACUCGGAAACAGGUGGUCUCAAAUAGCAGCUCGAUUGCCCGGUCGAACGGACAACGAGAUCAAGAACUUUUGGAACUCAACAAUCAAGAAAAGACUCAAGAACACGUCGACGUCCCCAUCACCAACCACGAGCGGUUCUCUGUCUUCGCCUUCGUCUUCCUCAUCAUUGGAUCCCAAUGACGUCAUCGGAACCUUCAUGUCGUCGUCAUCAUCUAUGUCUUUGAGCCACAUAACCAACUCUUUUCCCACGCUUCACCACCAUGGCUUUAGCCUGUUGUCUAAUGACGGUUUCGACCCUUGUGGUGAUGGUUUCUACGGGGUUGACACAGGGGCACAAGUGGAAUUUCACGUUCCUACUUUGGAGAACGUAGGAUUCCAAGACACCAAUGCUAACUGGUACAAUGCAGAUGUUACAAGUGACAUUGGCUUUGUUGAGAACUAUUUAGGCAACAAUAUCAACAAAGUAGAAGAGACAAACGAAGGAGGAAACCUUUGGAAUGGUUUGGAGGGUACCAGAAUGGAAGAAUACUGCUGGGAUCUUGAGGAGUUGAUGAACAAUACUUUUUGAGGAUACAAUAAGCAUAUAUAUAUAUAUAUAUAUAUUUGAUGUACCAUUAAUGACUGUAUGUGAAAUAGAUUCUUUAAUAAAAGGAUACAAUA